AGCAGUCAUAUGACCUGACGGGGGGGUGUCUCUCGUGUCCGGUAGCAGCAGUAGCCGUAGUGCGGAGUCUCCCCUGCGCCUCCUGCCCGACGCGGCUCCUUCAUGGCUCGGAUCGGUGGCGGCUGCCGGCUGCUCCUGGCCGCUGUGCUGCUCGUGUUUUCACAGAUGUCCUCGUCAGCAUUUGAAGUGACAGAUCAGAGUGGUAAAGCCUGCAUAAUAGCUAAUCUGUCAGUGUCCUUCUCAGUGGAAUAUGGCAGCAAGAGUGGUCAACAGCUGUCAGCAUAUUUCACACUUGCACAAAAUGCUGAAGUACUGGCAAACAAAAGCAGUUGUGGUAAAGAGAAUGCAUCGGCUCCUGUACUGGCGAUUGGAUUUGGAGCAGGACAUUUGUUACAAAUGAAUUUCACAAAGACCUCAAAGCUGUACAGCGUUGAUGAGCUCACGUUCCUUUACAAUUUGUCCGAUACAACUGUGUUCCCCAACUCAACUGGAGGAAAAAACGAGGUUUCACAAAAAACUAAUAUUCAAGCAGACUUGGACACAAGAUAUAGAUGUUUCAGUACCAACCGGAUGAAUAUGUCAAAUGUGACCGUAACUCUUAGCAAUGUUACGCUUCAAGCAUAUCUUGUGAAUCAUACCUUAAGUGGAAAUGAAAGUGUGUGUGCUGCAGAUAAGAUACCCACUACUCCUGUAGCCCCUACAACUACUAGCCAGACACCUACAACAAGCCAGGCACCAACCUCCCCUCCACAAAAUCCAAUGACUGGGAAAUACAAUGUGACUGGUACAAAUGGAACCUGUGUACUUGCUCAUAUGGGGCUGCAGCUUAAUGUGACGUAUCUAAGAAAAGAUGGAAAGACUGGAUUGGAUGUGCUGAAUUUUGUUCCAGUGAAUACAUCUUUCUCUGGGAGCUGUGACCAUUCCUCUGCCUUUCUGAGCCUGACUUUUGGGAAAACCAGACUUGUAUUCCAUUUUCUACUGAAUACAAGUACUGAUAAGUUUUUCCUGCAAGGUGUCAAUGUGACCACAACUUUGCCUUCUGAAGCUAAAGAAACAAAGAUUGAAGCUGUUAACAACAGCAUGAGUGAGCUGAGAGCUAAACUGGGGAACUCCUAUAAGUGUAAUGCAGAGGAGAAACUUUGGGUCACAGACCAUGUCUUUGUCAACUUAUUCGAUGUUCAGGUCCAGGUUUUCAAGGUCGAUGAAAACAAAUUUGGAGCAGUGGAAGAAUGUCAACUGGAUGAAAAUAACAUGGUGAUCCCUAUAAUUGUUGGCGCAGCCCUUGCUGGACUUGUCCUGAUUGUCUUGAUUGCUUAUUUGAUUGGCAGAAAGAGAAGCCAUGCUGGAUAUCAAACAAUCUAAUAACUUGCACUUAAAUGAAUCCAGGGGUUGAUAAAGAGCAGUUGCAAGAAGUGGGAUAAAUUAAUUUCCCCUAAACUGAGAUUCCUUAUUAGAAGGGAGCACAGUCUUUCUUGCAAAAUGCUUGUUAAAUUCUGCUUUAUUAAAUGUGAAUCCAUCUUGCAGCAUUUAACUAUGCACGAAGGAAUAACCUCUCCAAUUCUGGUGUUUAAUUUUGCUAACUGGUUAAAUAUUUACCUACUUAGAAACAAGCUAAGAGUGCUUUUCUGAAUUGGCAUGAAUUUAAUGUCAGUUAGAAAUAUUCCAGACUGGUGUGUAGCUAAUUCAUUCACUCAGAUUUAAGUCUAACAAAGGGAAGCUUUCACUGCUGGUACUACUCCACUCCUGUGAUGAAGCUAGUAAUUCUACUGAUGAUACCUUUUUAAGUAAUGACUGACUGACCAAAAUGUAAAAAUUUAAUUCCCCUGCCACUGUGGUCUCCCUCCUCCCCCCCCCCCCCCUUCAAAUCUAAGGGUUUUUUUACUGAGCUUUAAACACAGCAUGCCUGGCAUCUGCAGGGUAUGAACAAUGCAAUAUUCAAACAUUAUAGGAACUCGUAUUUACAAUUGGGCAAUUCCCUAUUUGAUAUUUUUGAUGCUCUGCCAGCUUAAGCGCUGGCCCUUUUUAAAAUAUAAAAUGGGUGUUAUUUACUUUUUUUUUUUUUUUUUUUUUUGUAGUAAAGUUAAUUUCAGUCUCUUCUGGUGGAUGUUCCAGGGCAAUCCUGUUACUGCAGAUAUGUACAAGAUCAAUUUAAUCUGCUGACUCUCUUGCUUUAAACGUGGCUGGGGUUGUACACUUAAGGAUCAGUUCUUCUGUAUGCAUUGCCUAUAACAAUGCUAAUAAAGACACAUUUUUCUGU